GUAACCGGAAGUUUGCAUCUUUAGCAAACUAAAUAUUCUCACGCCGGAUUUUUUCUUAUUUCAGGACAUUUAUCCCACACGUAUGGAUGACAUAGUUAUUUGAGAACUGUUGUUACACUAGCAGGCUCUUGUACGAGUAAAGUCGGCAGCAGAGAGGAUUUGACAAGAUAAAUAAGUCACUACAACUGUGCAUGUAUGUAGACUCCAACUCCUAAAGUGUGUGGAAUAAUUGGGGUUUUCUGUACGCCUUUUCAUGAAUGCAAGACGUAGUGCUUGUUAUGAGUACAAACGGAUACGUGUGUAGCAAAACAAUGCCACAAAAGAACUAGUAAUUGGAGAGACUACAUCUUAAAUAAUGCUUCAUCGUAUAUUUUCAGUAUGGUUUUGGUUCGGAUCAGAUCGCACUGGAUUCUGUCUGGGAACAUCUUCAUUGAUAACGAUCAUGCUGCUGCUGUAUGCUGGGGGCAUCCAGGCAAGUCUCAGCUUAGGUCCAGGUGGAGAAUUCCCAAGUCUUAGAGAUGUUUUCCUGUAUGCCCUCAGUCAUGAUGAGCUGUCCUCCCUGCUGGUCAGUGUUGCCUUCCUGCUGUUGGUUGGACCAUGUCAGGAGCGUCGCUGGGGCACAGUCACCCUGCUCGCCCUCUCCAUUCUGACAAUGACCGUCUCACCUCUUCUUUACUCCUUGGUCCUCUUUAUCGGAGGAGGUGAGGCGAGUCGGAUCUGUGGGUACUCUGCCAUCCAGCUGGCUCUGUUUGCAGCGCAGUGUCGUCAGGUGGCACAGAGGAGGGUGCUGAGGUGUCUGCCUGUCUGGUUUCUCCCUUGGCUUUUUCUGCUGAUUGGGCUAUUGCUGCUGCCUGGGACACCUGCCCUGCUUCACUUCUGCACAAUAUUCAUUGGACAUAACUACCAUCAGUCAUUCAUUGGGACGUUACAGGAGCUAGAGGAGGCCUGGCUCUUGGACUUUAUUCCUGAUUGGGUGUAUGUUCGAACUACAGCCAGGUUGAGAUUGCCCAUCUACACUACCUCAAAGAGAUCUGGGUCCCUUUCUCAGAUGAUGCCUGGUGAUCAGGAUGCUGCUCCCCCUAUGAGGGAUCCAUCUGUUUUGAACCACCACCCAUGGGUGGAUCCAGUACCUGCCUGGAUAAUAAACAAGUCUUCUGCACGGACUGAAGCCGAGGUGUUGGAGGAGCAGAUGCUAAAGGCAGGAAUACUGGCCUCGUUACAGGAUGCUCCUGACAACCCUGAUGCAAAAGUGGAGGUGGCCAAAUCAUCAGUUUCCUCUUUGCGACUCCAGCAGCUGGAGAAGAUGGGCUUCCCCACAGAGAAAGCUGUGGUUGCAUUAGCAGCCUCAAAACAGCUAGAUGGCGCCAUUUCUCUGCUGAUUGAUGACAGCAUCGGAGAACAGGCUGUGGUGGUAUCAAAAGGGAAAAGUCCUGCAGAGCUGCAGAGCAAAUAGAUGACCUCACACUCCUGGACUGAAACAGAGUUUGCUCGUGUGCAGCAAACUGGACUUACAUUAUGCUUGGGUUUUGCUGAGCUUCAGCAUUAGUUUUCCCCUGUGGGCUACUUGUCGAAGUAAUUUAAAGAUAAGAAUUCAGACUGAGACGUUUUAUUUCCAUGACUGUGAAUCUAAUCAAGUGUAAAUGUAAACUUGACUGCUACACUGGAGAGAGUGGAUGUCAUUUAUUAAUGCUGUGAUCUUGUUUAAUGAAUAAUGUUGCAACACAAAUAAAUUGAGGUGACAUGUUUAAAAAAAAAAAAGACAAUGAACAUUAUUUUAUUACACCAAUCAUCUAGACACGAUUAUCUUAACACAAUAA